GCGGCCCAGAAAAAUAUAUCCCACUCUCGACGCCCCGAGUCUUGACAACUUUCUUUCGUCGUCACGUCCACGAGAGAAAUUACAGUCAAGAUGGCGCCUGCUAACCUCCCCUCCAUCUUCAAUGCCACGAGCACCGACAUUGAGCAGCUUCUCGCUGCUCAGUGCCAUGUCGGCUCUAAGAACCUGGGCGUUAACAUGCAGCCCUACCUUUGGAAGACCCGUGCCGACGGUGUGAACGUCAUCAACAUCGGCAAGACCUGGGAGAAGAUCACCCUCGCGGCCCGCAUCAUCGCCGCCAUUGACAACCCGAGCGAUGUCUGUGUUAUCUCUGCCCGUCCCUACGGCCAGCGUGCCGUCCUCAAGUUCGCCGCCCACACUGGCGCCCAGGCCAUCGCCGGUCGCUUCACCCCCGGUUCCUUCACCAACUACAUCACCCGUUCGUUCAAGGAGCCCCGCCUGAUCAUCGUCACCGACCCCCGCACCGACUCGCAGGCCAUCAAGGAGGCCAGUUACGUCAACAUCCCCGUCAUCGCCCUGUGCGACACCGACUCCCCCACCGAGUACGUCGAUGUGGCCAUCCCGACUAACAACAAGGGUCGCCACUCUAUCGGUCUGGUUUGGUGGAUGCUGGCCCGUGAGGUCCUCCGCCUCCGCGGCACCAUCUACAACCGCGAGACCCCCUGGGAUGUCAUGCCCGAUCUGUACUUCUACCGCGACCCCGAGGCUGAGGCCGAGGAGAAGGUCGAGGAGGAGAAGGUCCCCGGCGUUGAGGAGGAGGGCCCGGUCGCCAUCGAGUCCGGCUUCCCCGCUGCUGGUACUGACUGGGAGGCUGCUCCCGCCGGCUUCCCUGCCGCCGCUACCGGCGAGUGGAGCGAGGCUCAGCCCGCCACUUGGGAGUCUGGCGCCGCCGCUGCCACCGCCCCCGCGACCGAGUGGGCCGAUGCCGCUCCCAAGGAGACUGCCGGCUGGUAGACAACAAAAUAAAAAGGCAUUUUUCGGGGCCAGGCGUAACGGCGCAGACACAAACGGGCCUUGUCCCACUUCCCGCCCUUUCCCACUCGCAAUGGCUUUCUCGUCUUGGCUCCGAUACUGGCUGCAGAGUAGCGUCUCUUUUGGCUUAGGUUACACAUGAACCUACUAAUGAGGGAAAGAUAUCCUCCCUGGCUUUGCCGGGGAGGGGGAAUGCCCUGUAGGGUCAUGAGGGGUGGACUUAACCGUUAUCUCGCCUUGCCAUAGGAAUGUCUACUUUUGUCAUGUUUCGAGCUUAUGAGGAUUUGUCCGAAUCUUCUAUAGCGGCUGAGGACUGACGAAUCUGACUCCGAUUAAUGUCCAUGACUGCAAAGUAAAUGUGAUGUCAAUCCCUCCAAGAUGACCACUGUACUCUACCA